AUGGCUGAGUGUGCCAUGGCUGAGUGUGCUAUGGUUGAGUGUGCUGUGCCUGAAUGUGCCCUGGCUGAGUGUGUUAUGACUGAGUGUGUUCUGGCUGAGUGUGCCGUGGCUGAGUGUGCCAUGGCUGAGUGUGCCGUGACUGAGUGUGCCGUGGUUGAGUGUGCCGUGGUUGAGUGUGCCGUGACGGAGUGUGCCGUGGCUGAGUGUGCCGUGGCUGAGUGUGCCCUGGCUGAGUGUGCCAUGGGUGAGUGUGCCGUGACUGAGUGUGCCGUGGUUGAGUGUGCCGUGGUUGAGUGUGCCGUGACGGAGUGUGCCGUGGCUGAGUGUGCCAUGGCUGAGUGUGCCGUGACUGAGUGUGCCCUGGCUGAGUGUGCUAUGGCUGAGUGUGCCCUGGCUGAGUGUGCUAUGGCUGAGUGUGCCGUGACUGAGGAUGCCGUGCCUGAGUGUGCUGUCCCUGAGUGUGCUGUGGUGAUCUUUCAG